ACGACUGCAAAUGAGAGCAGUAGAUUAUUUCCUGCCUCCUUGCGGAGGGAGGUAUUAGGAAUUGUAUGGUAGUAAGUGUAAGAAGUGGACUGAUCAUAACCACUAAUAAACGAUCAGAUAUUGUUUUGUAAUUCAGUGUUAUGUAAUUCUGUCAUUUUAUCCUCGUAGCAGCUAAGGUUAGAUCUGGGGUAUGGUACCACAAUUUGACUCUAGGACUCAAGGACAACACACACAAAGAAAAAAACAGAGAAACACAGAAAGAGAGAGACGCACAGGAAGACAUCUAAACUGCUUCUUUGCCACUGCAGCAUGACUUAUUGAGUCAAUAGGAAAUUAUUAGCCUAUCUUCAGUAUCACGGUAUAUUGCCACUGGAUAAAUAAUAGCCUACUAAAUCGGGUUCGUAGAUAGACUGCAGAGUAGCUGCCCCAGCUGUUUUCCCGAAAAUGUGACCACGCCCCCUUACACACGAGAGCACUGGGCUGCUAUGCGGAGCAGAGCAGUUGACACUACAGCUGUGAUCAGAGAGACGCGCAAAGAGAUGGACUAACUGCACAAGCUCCCCCAUAGCAUCCACUCUCAGGAGUCACCAAGCCACCACUUUCUGGAGUGUUGCUUUCAGCAGGACUCAGUGUUGACAGUGGCAUGCAGUAAUGAGCCAGUUAGCAUUCCCAUGGUGCACUGCAACAGGGGGAUGGGCUGACAUUUGCACCGUCGCUGAACGCCAAGUACCCAGUGGACUUAUUAUCAGUGGAGAAGACAGGAUCAGAAUGGCUGUGGACAAGUCUCUGGGGAUAGAGUAACUGCUGUGUGAUUCGAGGUUUGUAUUAGACGCUAGAGAGAAACAAGAUAAGGAGAAGAACACAGAGAAACCUUGGGGAACGUGGAGAACGUCUUGCUUCACACAUAGAAACCAUGAGAAUGCUAACAAAACGUUAACGGAAUCUUAACGGAACACUCAGCGAGGUCAUGUAGCUGCACUCGGAACGCCCUGCAUGUGACCACUCUUCCUGCAUCGCCUCGGCUUCUCUGAUUGGCUGGUUUAUAGAGUGACGGACCAAUGGAGAAGAGUGCUGAGGAGCUGAACCUCUCGUUCCUGCUGGAGCAUGAGAGAGAGAUGAUCCUCAGUGUCCUGCAGAAGGACGAGAAACUGAGGAAGAGAGAGGAAAAGAGGAUACGGAAGCUGAAGAAUGAGCUGGUGGAGAUCAGGCGUAAGGGUUCACACUGCCCCCAGGAGGUUGGGGAGCGUCAAUGUGCCCGCUGCCUGAAGGGCCUGGGCCUGAUCUUCGACCGUGGGGAGCUCUGUGAGGAGUGCCUACAGCGUGUCUGCAGCGACUGCCGAGUAAUGCCCCCUAAAGGAAAGCAGUGGAAGUGCUCCAUCUGCUCCAAAGUCUCAGAGCUGAAGGUAGUGACCGGGGAGUGGUUCCUGGAGGAGCGGUCCAAGCGGUUUGACCAGAGUGCGGUGCUCAGCAGUGACGUUGUCAAACAGUCUAUCAUGAGCAGCCCUGCUGGAAGCCCCCACAGGAAGUCUCCUGCGCCAGGCGACACAAUCCACACACCUGAGAGGCCUGACACGUCCAAAUCAGGAAGAAGCGCCGUAUGGAACCUGGUGGAUGGUGCCAAGAGGAAAGGGAAAGGGAUGCGGAUGGAAAAGAGGGGCAGCCGUCCCAGCCUGAAGCCAGAAAACGAGGCGGACGGUGGUAGUGUGUCCCCUCCUGUUCCCAACACAGACCCAUGCAGCGUACGCAGCGCCCGGUCUGCACCACGCUCCACAACCCGCUCCACACCUCACUCCCACAGGGGCAGUGCUGUGGCUCUGGAGACCUUAGGGUUCCCUACUGUACCCAACAGCCUGCGCUCCCAAACCCUGGAGAGGGACAGGUCCCCUACACCCAGCAGCAAGACCAGGAGGGUCAGGCCGGACGGAGCAGAGAGCGUGGCUAGUUUCCACUCCAGCGACAGCGUCUUUGACAAGAUGGCCGAAACCGUCACCAGGCAUGGCAGGAUGGAGCCUGGUACCGCCACCCCCACCAUCGCUGUCUCCAGGGCCUCCGUGUCUUCAGAUCGUAGUCGUUCUGAGGUGGACCUGUCUGUUCCUGGUUCUGCCAGUGAUGAGGCCCUCAGUCUGAGGAGCCACUCUGUCCCUGGGCUCAAUGAACCGGAGUUGAAUAAUGCUGAGAAAGACGAGGACAUCGAUACUCUGAUGUCGGCACACAGCAAGGCCACCAGCCGACGCGUGAGCAACGCUAUGUCCACGUCUUCUACUCCUGGAUCAGAGAGGAAAUGGGGCUACCUCAGUCUCCCUGGCGACUCGGACGCAGAGACUAGCAGUCUGAACAGUAUGAUGAGUAUGUACAGUGAGACCGGUGACUAUGGCAACGCCAAUGUGAGUGGGGAGCUGCUGUUGAACAUCAGCUACAGCUAUAAGACAGGCGCUCUCAAUGUCCUGGUGAAGGAGUGUCGCAACCUGGCCACUGGGGAUGAGAGGAAGCAACGCACAGACGCCUAUGUGAAGGCUUACCUUCUCCCAGACAAGUCUCGCCAGAGCAAGAGGAAGACCAGCAUCAAGACCAACACAAUCAACCCUGUGUUCAAUGAGAACCUUAGGUAUGUGAUCAGCCACUCCCAGUUGGAGACGCGGACAUUGCAGCUGUCUGUGUGGCACCACGACCGCUUCGGUCACAACAGCUUCCUUGGGGAGGUGGAGCUGACCUUUGACUCCUGGGAGUUUGACACUAACAUGGAGGAGUGGUACUCUCUGCAACCCAAGCUGGACAGUAGAAUGGACUCCACGCUCCAGUAUAAAGGGGAGCUAACCGUCGUUCUUAAGUACAUCCCUGCAGAGAAGAACCUCAUGCUACCCCUGGACCAGGUCCAAGUGAAGAAAGGCUUUCUGAAAGGAAAGAAGACCAGCAUCAAGCUGCCCAAAGGAGGAAUGGUGGAGCUGCUGGUCAAGGAGGCCAAGAACCUGACCGCUGUCAAGUCUGGAGGCACCUCGGACCCCUUUGUGAAAGGGUACCUGCUCCCUGACAACAGUAAGUCCACCAAGCACAAGACGGCGGUGUUGCGUCGCACGGUCAACCCCCAGUGGAACCACACCUUUACCUACUGUGGCCUACAGGCCGGAGACCUGAACAAUGUGUGUCUGGAGCUCACCGUCUGGGACAAGGAGGCUCUGGCCAGCAACGUCUUCCUGGGGGGAGUCCGACUCAACGGAGGGACAGACCAGAGCUAUGGGAACCAGGUGGACUGGAUGGACUCAUACGGAGAGGAACAGCGGCUAUGGCAACGCAUGAUUGACAACCCAGAGGUCCCCCAGGAGUGCACACUGAUGCUGAGGUCCAGCAUGUGCAAGCACAACACAUGACAUGGCGGGAGGGAGAAAAAGGAGAGAGGCAGUUGGAAAGACAGAGGGGAAACAGAAAGGUAUCAGAGAGGGGAGAAAAAGUGGAAGUUAAGAAAGAGGGAAAUAAAAUGAACAAAAGAGAGGGACAGAGGUUGAGAGUGCUCCAUGGCCUUGCUCUAUCCCCGCAAUAAAGAGCUGAUGACAUCACCCCACUUCCUGAACUUUGAACCCAAACCACUGAGCCACCCUGAUCCUGCACUGGGGUUCGUGGCCCUCUACCUGGUUAAGUGGACAACCAGUCAUGCCUUACACACACACACCCUGCCCUCCAAAGCAUCCAGCCAAGACCAAGCACUGCUACAACAACUACUAAUACCGCUGUACAUUGACAUAUAUGUAACAUAAUGAACAAGCACGUGCCAUUGUAUGAUCUGAUCUGACUCCUGGUUUCCACUAUGCACAUACAUUAUGGGUGUGUGGGGGAACCUGUCCUUGUCUCUGUAGUUUAUUUACAACACUCUCCUCUCCCUGUGAUGAGACCACGAGUUAGAAGUUGUCCUUAUUCCCAGAUGUAGGAUCAGAUUGUCUUGACCUGCUCCUAACUAUAACCAUUAGUGGGAAGUUAACAUAUCUGACCCUGUAUCAGUGGUUCAGGAUAGCCUCUACCUACUCUCAUAAGGUAACUACUCCAAAGGCACUUUGGGUUUGUUGCAUUGCUGAGGAGAUUUAAACAUUCCAAUAGAAUACUGUACAAUGACAAUUAGGGUAUGUUCAAGACUGAGAUGUUUCAUGCAAUAAUUGUAUUAUGCAACAUUCUGAACUGAUAAUCACCUGUUUCAAAUUGUUGCACAAUUGCAUUGUAACUGAUCUUGAACGCACCAAUAGUUUUACUGUUGUCUUGAUAAAGCACAUUUUAAGAGUAGAACAGCACAAACAAUACUCACUUCAUCAACAGACGUUUUUGGACCUAACUUGUGUGGAAACAGAUGAAGGCGGAAAUCUAACCAGAGAUCUAUCAGCACCAAAUUGCUGAUCAAAAUGUAUUGUGUCAAAUGUGGAAUAGAGAGUCAGGGCAGUUCUAUCUGCAACACUGGAAAUGUUUUGCCCCAGGAGCCUUGAGGAGAUGGGAGGAGGAUUGCAUGUUCCACGAUGAGUCAGUGUCCAGUCCACCCUCUGUCUGUGACUCAUUGAAUAAAGCACAUCUGUCAGAGUGUCUGUCCCUGUAACUCAGGCCACUGUGACCCCUCGGUCCUUGUAACCUCCCUGGAUGAGUAAUAACACUUCUAGUAUCCCCCCGUAAAGGGUUCCGGUGUCUUGGCAUGCGUCCCAAAUGGUAACCUUUUCCCUUUAAAGUGCACUUGUAGAGCACUAUAAAGAGAAUGGGCCAGUAAUCAAAGGUCGCUGGUUCGAAUCGCUGAGGUGAAAAAUCUGUCGAUGUCCCCUUGAGCAAGGCACUUAACCCUAAUUGCUCCUGUAAGUUACUCUGGAUAAGAGCGUCUGCUAAAUGAAAAUAAAUGGAAAUGGAAUGGGGUACCAUUUGACCGCAGACUAUGUCUCUGUAUACAGUCAUAUCCUAGUGUGGUGCCAUUCUUUCUGUGGAAUGACAAGUCUGCACAUUCGCCAUUGUCUAAGUUUCUGUUAUGCUCAACAACCAUUGAAAAGUGCAUAAUAAUAAUGAUACUAUUAAAAUGGCAUUUACUGUAUAGAUGAGUUGUGCGCAAUACCCUGCUGCUACUGAAGAAACACAAGACGUGUCUAACAGCAUGUUACGGUCUCUGUUUUAAUGUCCUCUCAUUUCAAAACUAGAUUGAUUUGACUUUAGAAUGUGACUGAAUCCAUCUCUUCUUUUGAUUGCAAUGUGUUAUCAGAAUAUUUUGAAGUAAUAAACCACACAGAUCAGAUCUCUAUGUUUAGAACAGACUUUCUGAGCGUGUCUGACCGGGUCAGUGUGUGUGUGUGUGCACGUGUGUGUGUUGGCAUUCACACAGCAGCCAUCUCUCCUGAGCGUUAAACUAGACUGUCGUAAAACAUAGUUCUGGUUCUAACUGUAACAACAGAAGGACGAGGUCACUCUUUUUAAGAGGGCUAUUUAAUCAUGGUUGUGUGAAAUCAAAGGGAACGAACAGCAGUGUACUGAUGGACCAGCAUCACUGGCUGUCACAUCACACACACACACACAUUCCCGAGUGCUUAUUAUUAAUGUCCUAAUUAAAACACUGCUA